AUGGAGACAGCAGCCUUCCGUCUCACGCACUAUGGAUCUCAUUUGCUGCUCUCCCUCAAGCCCACGCCAGCUCUUUUCCCCUUCUCGCCCCCACACACUCUCGGGCUCAUUUUCCCCUCCUCCACAGACGCUACAAGUGUCUCGAGCUGCCAGAACGUUCCUGACUGUGGCCAUUGGGGCAGAAGAAACUUUACUGCGGCCAACUCAGGGUGUGGUCGCAGCGGAGAGACUUUUACGCAGGCGCACAUAAACAUUGCGUACUUUUCCCCGUCAACCAGUCGCCACACAGGCGCAGAAGAAGUAAUACUGCGGCACUUUGAGGGCGGGGGUCUCUGUGAAGAGGUGUGCGCUAGGAUCCCUGCGCAGCCGCAGGAGGAGGACUUUGGUGGCGUUGCUGUCAAAGAUUGGGGUCUGGGCCUUAUUGCUGCUGGCAGUCUCGGGCUGAGUGGUGAGGGGUAUCUAGUCUCUGGAGCGGGUGUGGGAGGCAGAGCCGCGGGUUCGCGUGGUCGUGAAAGGGAGGGGGGACGGAGUCCCCGGGACGCUGACUGUUGCCGCAGCCGCCUCUGUCGGGUCUUUGCGUUCGCGGUCCCCCUACCCCCGGGUGCUCUCUUCCUCUGCCGGACCUUGGUGUUUCGGCCCCCCGGUUGCCCUCUGUGGGUCUUGGCGUUUGCGGGCCUCCCUGGUGCCCGCCGCCUCUGCCGGAUCUUGACGUUCGCGUUUCCCCACCCCACCCGUUGUCCAUCCCCUCUGUCGGACCUUGGCUUUCGCAGCCCCCCGGGUUGCCCGCCGCUUCUGCGGGUCUUGGCGUUUGCUCCCCCCCUUCCCCCAGUGGCCGCCGCCUCUGCGGGUCUUGGCGUUUGCGGCCCCCCUCCUCCCCGGUUCCCGCCGCCUUUGCGGGUCUUGGCGUUGCGGACCUCCCCGGUGCCCGCCGCCUCUGCGGGUCUUGGCGUUGCGGGUCUUGGUGUUGCGCGCCUCCCCGGUGCCCGCCGCCUCUGCGUGUCGUGGCGUUGCGGGCCUCCCCGGUGCCCGCCGCCUCUGCCGGACUUUGGCGUUCCCGGACCUCGUCGGUGGCCGCCCCCAUCGCAGCUGCGCCUCUCUGAGCCAGCCGUCGGGCUCUGAGGUAGGUCCGAACUUGGCCGUGUGUGCCGGACUAGAAAAGGAAGCGGGGGUUGGCCAUGGCUUUGAGGGUCUAAGAGGAGUCCGGGGCUGAAUAGACAGCAGCGCCGUGAGCCCGCAGCCUUGGGGAGGAGAAGGAACAAUUAGAAGCGUCUGGGGGUUCCUCUGUCGCUGACAGAAUGGCUAAGAGAAAAGAGGACGAUUUCCCUGCGUUUGCAGAUCAGAAAAGAGCAAGGCCAGGGCCAUCGACGCGGCCCGAGUCAGAGUCAGAUUUGGAUUCAGAUGAUGAGAUGGAGUGCCCCUCUCCUCAGGACUCUUCUGCUGAAAGUUCUUCUGAGUCAGAGUCAGGGGAUUUUGGAAUCAUUGAAAGUAUCCAGGUGGAGAACUUUAUGGGCUAUGCCAGGCUUGGACCUGUGAAAUUUGGAGCUAAUGUCAAUUUUGUGGUGGGACACAGUGGGAAGAAUGCAUUGUUAACAGCUCUCAUAGUUGGUCUUGGUGGGAAAUCCUUAGGAUCGUCUUUGAAAGAGUUUGUGAAAGAUGGAGAGGAUUCAGCCACCAUCUCAAUCAAAUUAAGGAACAGAGGGCAAGAUGCUUUUAAGUCUGAGGUUUAUGGGGACUCAAUAACUGUGCACCAAUACAUCAGUGUAGAUGGGAGUGCAAGUUAUGAACUAAAAGACCAAGUAGGAAACCUGGUUUCUUCUAAGAAAGAAGAGCUUAUUGCCAUUCUUGAUCAUUUUAAGAUACAGGUGGAUAAUCCAAUGUCUGUUUUACCACAAAAGAUGAGCAGACAGUUAUUGAGGAUCACAAAUGAAAGUGACAGAUACAAAUUGUUUAUGGAAGCAACUGAGCUUGAACAGAUGAGAGAAGGUUAUGCAAAAAUUUUGGCAAGAAAGGCCAGAAGCCAGCAAGAGAUACAACAAGGAGAAGAGCAGCUUGAGGAGCUCAGACGUCAGGGUGUAGAGAUAGAAGAGCAUUUUCAGACUAUGGUUGCUUUGGAUCAGAAAUUAAAGAACUUAAAGCAUGAGAAAACUUGGGCACUGGUGAAUGAAACUGAAAGAACAAUUAGUAAUAUGAUAAGUGAUAUAAAUGUUGAAGACCAACAUACUGUCAUAUUAAAUCAUGACCUGGAGGUUUCAAAAGUCACAUAUAAUGAAACAUUACAGAGGUAUAUAGCCAUUCAUGAGAAUGUGGUAAAGUUAAAUGAAGAAGCUGCUGAAUUGGAGCCCAAGUGCCUUGAGGCAAAAGAAAUUGCUAAGAGAACAGACAGGGCCUACCGUCAAGCAACAGCUUUCUAUAAUUAUUCCCAAAGUGAACUGACUAAAUUAGACAAAGUUUCAGAGCAGCUUCAUGACAAAAUUGUAGACCUAAGAAAGAGUCUGGAACUAGCAGAAUUAGAAAAACAGAAAAAAAUUUCCACAUUAAGGGAAAAGAUACAUAACUUUAAGGAUCAGGAAGAUUCACUUGUUCAAGAAAUAAAAUAUCUUCAUCAAUCCAUAGAAAAAGAUGAUGAAGAGCAUUCUAGAAUUAGAGAAGAAGAGGCAUUUGUGCAGGAAAUGCUGAAUGAGGAGCAAGAACAACUAAACCAUUUGAAAGACUAUAAAACUGACCCACUAAAACGAUUUGGUCCCCAGAUUCCACCCCUUGUUGAAGCAAUAGAAGAUGCCUUCAAACAAGGAUACUUUACCCACAAACCACUAGGUCCACUAGGAGCUUGCAUUCGUCUCCGGUACCCUGAAUAUGCUUUGGCUAUUGAGUCCUGCCUAAAAGGCCUUCUUCUUGAUUUCUUUUGUGACAACCACAAAGAUGAGCAAGUCCUUCAGGAGCUGCUGAAAAGGUUUUAUCCAACUACCUGUUCUGAUCGACCACAGGUAAUUGUGUCAUCAUUUCAGUGUGAGUUGUAUGAUUUAACAGACAGAGCAGCUUGUCACCCAGAGUAUCCAACAGUUCUCUCAGCUUUAGAAAUAGAUCAUGCAGUGGUGGCCAAUACUUUGGUUGACUUGAGGAGCAUAGAGUCUGUACUCCUUGUUAGAAGUGGCUCUUUUGCUAGUAUGCAUGCACAGGGACGUCCCAAGAACUGUACCAAAAUUCUGACUUCUUGUGGUGACCAAGUUUUUGAGGGACGCUAUUACUCCUGUGAAGAUUUGAGACCUAUUUACUUAGGUGACAUGGAAGGAGAAAUAAAUCAUUUGGAGAAACAAGUGGAAAGUAAAAUGACAAAGUUGUCUGAAUUUCAAGAACAAGUAAAUUCACUUCAAAAUGAUAUUAAGAAGAAUCGAGAAACUAUUGACAGUCAUUAUCGACACUUAAGAGAAAUAAAGGUUAAAGUAAUUAACAUCUCUUCAGAAAUAAAAGAUCUUGAGGAUGAAGAAGAAAACCAGUCAAUAGAUCUCUCAGUUCUGGAAGAUGAAGCUGAAGAAAUUAAAGAAGAGAUAAAAGAAGUUGAGGAAAAGAUGAAAAAUAGAAAGGAAACUAUGGAGAAUUUAAGGCAACCCAAAAUAGAUGCUGAACAGAGACAUGAGGAGUUUAAGUUGAAAUGUAGUCAAGUUUCAGAAUUAGUAGAAUCCCUUAUGGAAGAACGAAACCAAACUGGUUUAGAAGUGUCUGCCCAGCACCAAUCUGUGCUGCAUUAUCAAAAUAGGCUCAAGCACCAUGUAGAUUCUCUCCAAGUGAUAAAAGAAGAGCUGGCAAUGAAAGAGAGAGAACUGGAGAGGGAGAUGGCUCAGGCUAACUACCUCUGUCCUGAGCGUAUAGCAGUUACAAGAGCUUCUGAUGUUCUUGACAGAGAAAUUGAUUUAUUAACCCAGAGGAUACAGUCAGAAAACUACACUCACAGAAGGAGAGAAGAUAUAACAAGGCAGUACCAACAAGCAAAAGAAAAAUAUCUGGAUAUUAAUGGUAGAGUGAAUAAUUUGAAAAGCCUCAUUGAAACACUGGAUGAAAUAUUGGUACAGAGAUAUGAUACUUACCAGAAAAGCAGAAGAAAUCUUUCUUUACAGUGCAAGUUGUUCUUUGACAGCUUGAUGUCUCACUGGUCCUUCUGUGGAGAGAUGCGCUUUAAUCACAAGAAUGAGACCCUUUCUAUAACAGUCCAACCUGGAGAGGCUGAUGGCAGUGACAUGGGAGGCUUAUCAGCAAACAGACACUCUUUUUCAAACUUUUUAUUUAUUCUUACUCUAUGGUCUGUCACAGAAUCUCCCUUCAGAUGCCUAGAUACAGUUGAUAUCUACAUGGACAGGAAAAGUAGAAAAAUUGCCAUGGAAAUGAUCGUCUGGAUAGCAGCACAUUCCUACCAAAACCACCAAGUCAUCCUGCUCAGUCCACAAUACCUGAGCUCUUUUCCCUCAAGUCCACUUGUUGAAGUCCUCGAAAUGCCAGACCUUGAAAGUGAAGAGAAAACCCUGCCUUUCGAAUCAGUCAAUCCAAAAGAAAACUGAAUUUUUAGUUUCAUGUGAUUGUGCUAUCUACUCAUUGUGGUAUUUUGCAUAUUGUUUUCUUUAAAUGUUUGUGGUGUUGUGUUCAAAAUCUUGCUAUUUUGAAGAAAUAUAUUUAAUAAUUGAAAGUGUUUCCGAAAAGCAAAGUCACAGGAAGGAGUACAGCAUAACUCUCUGACCAGACCUCCCUUACAAAGAUCUAGAAAACACACCAGACCAAAUUCUGACCUGGAAAUCCAAGAAAAAGAGAUCUAUGGACAUUGGGGAUGAGGUCUUGGCCUUCAGCAUUACAGCAUCCAGGGACUGAAAGAGAGCCAAGAGUGGGCACCUGGGCAGGAAGCACUAGGUGUAAUGAGAGUAAAAUUGUUUCCUGUGACAUAACUGACUCUUUUUUGAUUAAUUGAUUGUGUUAAAGUGUUUUGAUGUUUGUUUUUCAUAACUUACUUUUCAAUGUUAAAAUAAACUUAUAUGUAUUGUAAGUUGGUAAAUAACGUGUGUUGAUAGACAACUGAUAAACAUAUGGGAUGUCCAUGUAUGACAACCCACCUGUGGGAAAACUUGUAAACAACAUCAUCAUUAACUUAUAUUAUCAAUGAUCAAUGAAAUUAAUUGGUAAACAGAUUUGUUCACCAGCCACCAAUUAGAACUUGGGUGUAACCAGCUAAUGCCCAAACUGGUGGCCCCAGUCUUCAACCUGCUUUUGGGUCAAGACUACCCUCGCUCCUGUAUUCCCCGCACUUGUGACUCAACACUCACAUCAUGUUUGCUUCAAGACAUUGCUGAUUGACUGACAAGGAUUUUCAGACUUGCCAGCCAACCACCUCUUUGGGAGACAGAUGACUUCUAGUUGGAGAGAGAGAAGGAACCUUGUCAUCCAGGAGCGGUCAGAGUCAUGCUUAUUGAUGUUCAAGUGCUGUGAUUUCAUCAUUGGUGCCUUCGUGACCCUAUUGCUGCUCAUCAUUGCUUAUCUCAUUGCACAUCCUAUCUUAUGUAUCACCUCAAAGUACCUUCUUGCAGCCCCUUGCAACCAAGACUGGCUUCAUUUUGGUUGCUUGUUUGAUAUCCAACUGUUCCUGUAAAUCACACUUGUGACAAGCAGGAUGCACAAGGAUACAAAACAUUGCCAAUGUGACAGUGGGGACUGCCACCUUCUUACAUACCCCAUUGGAAAUAGUGGGGUUAUACACUUUAGAUUUGCCUGAGACACAAGAAGAUCUCACCAAGAUAUAACAGUGAUUGUUUUAACUAUCACCGAGAAGUGAUGCAGGCAAUCAAAGACUUUAGCCAUGCCUGGCCUAAAGAAGAACGUGAUGGACUUGAUAGUGAUCACCAGACUGAAUAUUGCAGGACAUCAGUUUGAGUGGGACAUUAUCAAGAGGCUUUGUAACAUGUUCUCUUGCAUCAGUUCCUGGCUUGGUCUGCAGUGGACUUGCCGUGAGAGAACAUGGGACAAACGGAAAGACUUAUUGUCAUAAUAUAUUAAGAACAGAUUUAAAAAUGUAUUAAUGCUACGUGUAAUAUUGAUGCUUAUAUGUGCCAUAUGUUCUCACAAUGUAAACAAUGAGUGUUUGGAAUCGCAAUUUGAUUGUAUUAGUGAUAAUUAUAAUGCUUUUCACAAACCAUCCUAGAUGACUGCAGGGAUAACCAGCAGCCAGAGGGUGGAUUUAGUGAGAAUACAUUUGUUGCCUUGAUAUUUAACUGAUUCCACUUUUUAUUAAGUCACUAUUUUGUGAUGAAGUGUUUUUAUGUUUGUUUUUUGUAACUUCUCUUUAAAUAUUAAGAUUAUGAAUAUUGUUGUAUGGGUUGGUAAGCAACAUGUUUGUGUUCAUAAAUAACUGAUAAAUAUAUGUGACCCCCCCAUACAGGACAAACCACCAACAGGGAAAUUUGAGAAAGAACCUUACCACAGCUUAUAUCUUCAAGUAUCAACCAAAUUAAUUAGUAAACAAUUAGGCUACCUUCUAAUCAGAACUUGGCUAUAACUAGCUAAUGUCCUUAGCCAGAACUGUAAGAAAGCCACUGGAGGCCCUAGCCUUCAGCCUGUGUUUGAAUGGAAACUGAGCCUGGCACCUCUGUUCCCCACACUUGAGACUCAAGUCCCCCUCCCCAGAACCCACACCCACAUUCACUUGAGGUCAGUGCCAAUUAACUGAUGGUGAUUUGCCAACUUGCCAGUAAGUGACCUUCAGGAGAGACAGCCUCUGGAUGGGAAGAGAAAGAACCAUGUUUCUGAGUGCCACUACAAGAUGCACUUACUGGUAAGCACUAGGAGAUAAGUUUGGUGAUUUGUUCCUAAUGGGGUUAGUUUUGUAAUGGGGUUUUAUUUUGUAAUAUUUAAUAUAAACCACAGUGACCUAGUGUUUGAUAAACCCAAAGACCCAAGCAAUUGGGGCAGUGACUCACUAUUUGACAAAUCUGGGAAAACUGGAAAGUAGUCUAGUAGAAACUAGCCAUAGACUAACAUCUCACACUGCAUACCAAGAUAAGUUCAAAAUGGUUACAUGAGUUAGACAUAAAGAGUGACAUCACAAAAAAUUAGGGAAGCAUAUAAAAAUUACCUGCAGUUCUAUGAUAAGGGAAAAGUUCAUAACUAAAACAAGAGCUAGAGAGGAUCACAGUAGGUAAAAUGGAAAAUUUUGAUUACAUUAAAUUAUAAAGGUUUUGCACAUAUAAAACCAGUGCAACCAAAAUUAGAAGGAAAAAAAGGAAACUGGGAAAAAAAAAUUUUACAAAAAGUUUCUCUGAUAAAGGUCUUAUUUAUCAAAUAUAUAGGAACCUGAGCCAAAUGGAUAAAAAUAAAACCCGUUCCCCAAUUGGCAAAUUGAUAAAGGAUAUGAACAGGCAAUUUUCAGAAGAAAAAAAUCAAAACAAUCAAUAGUCUUAUGAAAGAAUGCCAAAUCACUAAUUUUUAAAAAUGCUAAUUGAAACACCUCUGAGAUACUACCUCAAACCUAUCAGAUUGGAUAACAUGGCAAAAGGAAAAUGACACUUGCAGGAAGGGAUAUGGGAAAAUAGAGACACUAAUGUAUGUUGAUGGAGUUGUGAACUAGUCCAACUAAUCUGCAGAGCUGUGCCCAAACAGUUACCAUACCUGUACAUAUCCUUUGACCCAGCAGUAUUGCUAUUAGAUCACAGAAAAAGAAAAGGUCCCAUAUGUACAAAA